AUGUUAAAAUCGGAAGCCUUCCUAUUUUUCUUUUUUUUGUCUAGCUUUGCUUCUGCAAGUUUUAUCCAUGGAUUUUUGCAUGGAUUUUCAAAGAGGUAUAUCAAUCCGAUUGUUGAUUUAACCAGAAGAACUGUCACUUCCACUAUUGAUUACGAACCAACUACUACCUAUACAUGGACCGAACUGUAUUCUACUACAGCAUUAUAUAAUAUUGUCUUUUUGACUAUCCCAGUUACAACAACAACUUCAACUUGGACUGAUAGUAUUACAUCUACUUCGACAGGAGAGGGUACUAUUGGGGGCACUAGGACUGCGCUUGUGGACGUACCUAUUCCUACGACUACUGUUACCUCCUCCUAUGCCAUUGGAUAUACUUCAAUGACUACUAUUCCUGGAACAAUUGGAGGUACCGCUACGGUUGUAGUUGAGGUCCCUUUUUCAACAUCAAGUGUAAUUACUUAUGUAAAACGUGACUACCCCUACACAACGUAUACCUGGGCUGAAUCAUAUACCACAACAAGACUUUACUCUUUGGUUUUGGUACCAAUUCCUACAAAUACUGUUACAGUAACUUGGUCAAAUCUGGAGACAGCAACCACCACCCAAACAGCAGCAAUUGGUGAUACUGCUACAAUUUUGGUUGAUGUCCCUACACCUACUACCACAGUUACCUCUACUUGGACGGGAUCUAGCACGUAUACGACCACUGAAACAGCAAGUGAAGGUGGAACAGCAACUGUUGUAAUUGAAGUCCCUACUCCUACUGUUACAAUAACCUCAACUUGGACAAACUCUUUUUCAACAACCACAACAAUUUCUGCAAGUGAAGGCGGCACUGCAACAGUUUUAGUUGAUGUCCCUACUCCUACUACGACAGUCACUUCUUGGUGGAUAAGUUCUACUACCUCUUCAACUACUGUCUCCGCAAGUGAAGGAGGAACAGCUUCGGUAAUUGUAGACGUCCCUAUCCCAACUUUCACGACAACGAUACUUUCUCCUGACUUCGAUGAGGCGGUAACAAUAACAUUCGGUGGAAAUGUUGAAGGCAAAUCUGCCUCAUUAGUAAUAUUUGUACCAGAUAUAGUGACUGCAACUUCAACCUGGACAGGGUCAGACACCUCUACUACUACAGAAGAUGCUGGACCUGGAACGGAAACCACUGUUGUCGUGGAAAUUCCUAUCCCAACUAUAACGACCUCCUUAUCUACUAAUGUUGAUGUAGCAGUGACAUCAACUUUCACAGCUGCUAUCGGUGAAACUGCUUCAGUAGUCAUAUACUUACCGAAUUCGUCAUCGACUACUUCAUCAUCGACUACGUCGUCAUCGACUACUUCGUCAUCGACUGCGUCGUCAUCGAUUACUUCAUCAUCAGCUAGUGAUUCAUCAUCGACAACUGAUUCAUCAUCGACUACAGAUUCAUCGUCCACUACAGAUUCAUCAUCAACUACAGAUUUUUCAUCAACCACUUUAAGUUCUAGUGCCACCUCAGUCAGUACGUCAUCUUCGAGUCUUUCCUCAUACAGCGAUUUAUCCUCGAGUACUGGCAUUUCUUCAACUAGUUCAAGUAAUUUUGACGGAUCAUCUACGGUACCUAGCUCUUCUGUCUCUUCAUCAGUAAGUCCCUCUUCAUCGUUCUCUUCAUCGACAGCGUCAGGUCUCAGCUCUACCUCAAGUGUCCCAACAUCAAAUGGCUGUCAAUAUAGCGGAUUGUUGGAUGCCGGGUUUACUGCCAAGAUAUACGAAUAUACAGUAGCAGAAGAGUCUGUCAAUGAUAUAGGUUACUAUGAAAACGAAUACGAAUCGUAUACUACUUUGAAAACUAUCUACGGAGCAAUAGAUAUCAAUUCUGUGAUUUCGAAUGGUAUUAACUCCAUAAAUGGUUACAACCGCUCAGGUUCACACUUUACCAUUGUAUUGGAGGGUUAUCUUCGUCCAGAAUUAAGUGGAGUUCACAAGAUUCAGAUAAGUGACAUUAAAUCUGGAGCUGCAGUAUUCUUUGGAGAUGGAGAAGCCUUUAGUUGUGGACAAUCUUUGACAAAAAGACUCGAAGCGGAACCAAUUAUUGUUUCAAAUGAGGGGGUAUUGAACACUGAACUUGUCGCUUAUAACUAUUAUCCUAUCAGAAUUGUCUAUGUAAACGUAGAUGCAUCGUCAGAAUUUGGUUUUGAAGUCAUAGGACCCGACGGAAGCACCAAUACCAUAAGUGAGAGUAUUUUCACAUUCAGAUCCGCUUCCAGUAGUUCGAUAAAGCAUUUAGUUUCUUCAAGAACCAGCUUUUCUUCUGGUUCAACUGCAACUGUGACAAAAUCCAAUACAAUUGUUGAGACAGUUACUUCAUGUUCUGAUGGCGUAUGCACUAAAGUUCCAAUUACCAAGACAGUGCCAGUGAGUACUGAGACCAACACAAUGACUAUUAAAACCUUAGUUACCAUUACCUCGUGUUCGGAUGGAAGAUGUGUUCUUGAAACUUCAAGGGUAACUCCAGAUGAAAGCCAUGAAACAACAGAAACAGGUAUACAGACAACUGUUCUUACAGUGACAUCAUGCUCCAAUCAUGUCUGUAGCGAGGUUCAUUUAACUACCGACUACAGAACCGUCUCCUUGGAUUAUAGCCUGUAUGUUACUUACUGCCCAUUGUCUGUUUCUGAAACAAGCGCGAUAGCCACCGCUUUAUCGACGCAAGCCAACUCAGCUGAAAUUGUUUCAGUGUCAUCGACGGAAGAUGUCACCUCUUCCAGUGGCAAUCCGACUAGCACAUUAGUAGUUUCAACCUACGAAGGAUCUGGGUCCAAAAACGAGAUUUACUUAACCUUCAUCUUAUCAGUGUUCUUCUACCUUGUUUAA